AUGGCUAUUUGGAACGCGACAAUUGAUGGAAGAUGUGUCCUCUGCAGCCAGCAUAUGGAGACACGUGACCAUCUCUUCUUCUCUUGCCCAUACUCGGCGGCAGUCUGGGGCAGAUUAUCUCGAAACCUGAUGGGAAGCCACUUCUCAACAAACUGGAAUGAUAUUGUCCUCUUUGUAUCGCAGAAGAAGCUUGACAGAGUUGAACUGUUCCUCACACGCUAUGUCAUGCACACUACCGUCUAUGCAUUAUGGAGAGAAAGGAACGCUAGGAAACAUGGGGAUGUCUCGACACCAUCAGCAGUACUCUUCAGAACCAUCGACAGACUUGUCAAAAACAGAGUUAUGUCGUUGAACUCUCCUCAUGAAAAGAGAUUCACGAUGGGUUUUCAAGUAUGGAUUGGAGCUGUGAGUUAG